ACUGAAGCAGGAGUUGCUGUAAGUAACGGUGUGUUUAUACUGGUGUUUCUGUCCUAGUUUGUUUGUACACCUGUAGUAAAAUGGCAGAAGCAAAUAUUUCAGUAGCUCAGGACCAGUUCAGCUGUCCAGUCUGUCUGGAGUUACUGAAGAAUCCAGUAUCUACACCAUGUGGACACAGUUUCUGUAUGGUGUGUAUCAACAAGUGCUGGGAUCAGGAGGAUGAUAAGGGAACAUACAGCUGUCCACAUUGUAGACAAACCUUCACUCCAAGACCUGUCCUGAGGAAAAACACCAUUCUGGCUGACGUUGUGGAAAAACUGAAGAAAACAGAACUUCAAGCUUCACAAUUGAUUCAAUGUUCUGCUGGACCUGAAGAUGUGGAGUGUGAUGUCUGUACUGGGAGAAAAAACAAAGCAGUAAAAUCCUGUUUGGCCUCUUUCUGUGAAACUCACCUCCAGCCUCACUAUCAAAUUCCUGCUUAUAAGAAGCACAAGCUGGUUAAAGCCUCCAGACGACUCCAGGAUCAGAUCUGCCCUCAGCAUGAUAAACUGCUGGAGGUUUACUGUCAUACUGAUCAGCAGUGUAUCUGCAUGUUGAGUAUGCUAGAUGAACAUAAAGGACAUGAUACAAUAUCAGCUGCAGCAGAAAGAACCGAGAAACAGGUAAAAUUGGAGGAGAUGCAGAGAGAAUCGCAGCAGAGAAUCCAGAACGGAGAGGAUGAGAUUCAGAAGCUGAGAAAAGCUGUGGAGUCUCACAGGCGCUCUGCACAGACAGCAGUGGAGAACAUUGAGAAGAUUUUUACUGAACUAAUCAACUCCAUUAAGAAAAGAUGUUCUGAAGUUACAGAACUGAUCAGAGGUCAGGAGAAAGCUGCAGUGAGUCAAGCUGAAGAAUUCAUGAAGCAACUGCAGCAGGAGAUUGUAGAGCUAAAGCGGAGAAAUGCUGAACUGGAGGAGCUUUCACACAGUGAAGAUUUCUUCCAGACUUUUCCAUCUUAUUUGACCCCUGCUGGGCCUGCAGAAUCACCCACCAUCACAUUAAAUCCUCUACUCACUUACGAGGGUGUAACAAAGUCCAUGUCUGAGCUCAGAGAGAAACUAGAAGAAUUUUGUAAAGACGAGAAUAAGAAGAUAUCAGAUGGAGUGAGAAAGAUCUGGAUCAUUUCUUCACCUGAACCACAAACCAGACGAGAGUUUCUACAAUAUUUCUGUCAGUUCACACUGGAUCCAAACACAGUAAAUAAAAACCUCCGUUUGUCUGAGGAGAACAAAGUGGUGACCUGCAGUGGAACAGACCAGUGGUAUCAUGAUCAUCCAGAUAGAUUUAAUUAUUCACACCCGGUUCUGUGUAGAGAGAGUGUGAGUGGACGCUGUUACUGGGAGGUUGAGUGGAGUGGGAAUGAUGGGGUUUAUAUAGCAGUGUCAUAUAAAAGCGUCAGCAGGAAGGGACGUGGUGAUGAGUGUUGGUUUGGAUGUAAUGAUCAGUCCUGGAGUUUGUUCCUUUCUCCAUCCAGAUUUUCAUUCCUGCACGAUAACAAAAGAACGAAAAUUCCCAUAAUGCCGAGUUCCUCUAGAAUAGGAGUGUAUGUGGAUUACAGAGCAGGAACUCUGUCCUUCUACAGCGUCUCUGAUACGAUGAAGCUCCUCCACAGAGUUCAGGCCACGUUCACUCAGCUCCUCUACCCGGGGUUUUUGGUUUGUAAAGGGUCAACAGUGAACUGUCAUCCUGAAACUAGAUAAUUUUCCUCCAUAUGUCCCUAAUGUCUAGUAAAUAAAAAGGGUUGGCAACUGUGCAUAUGACAGGGGUGGCGGGAGCAAUCGCUAAUUGGAAAAAGGAGAAAUAUGCAAAAAAAAAAAAAAGAAGAAGCAAGUUUAAUAGUGUCAGACAUUCUGCUGAAAUGUUACUUUCAGCUUUAAAAAGUUCAAACCUGUAUAAGGGACUUUGUGUAAACCCCAAAUAUAGAUAAUGUUUUAGCUUAUCAAUCAAUUUCUAAUUUGAUGCCUGCAACACAUUCCAAAUAAAAUUGGGACUUGGGCAAAGUAAGACUAGGAAGAUUGUGGAAUGAUUUGAAAUAUGUACAUAAAUAACAGGUGAGGCUGUAAUAAUUGGGUUUAAAUGAAACAAUAAUGAAGGGCUCACUCAUUUACAAACAAGGAUCGGUGAAGGUUUUUCAAUUUGUGAAAAGUGUGUGGUUCAUCCAUUUAAGAGCUUUACAGUGCAUAAGGGAAUUUAGGGGUUUUACCAUCUACAGUCUGAAAAAUAAUUACAUUAUAGAUUUAAAUGUUCCAGGGGAAAUGUCUGUGUAUAAAGGACAAGGCCAAAAACUGCCUGUGAUAACUGAUCUGUCAUACAGUACUGCAUAAAAAUAAGAUGCUCGGAGAAUUAAUAUUACCACAUGGGCUUGAGAAUAGUAUGGCAAACUAUAUUCUAAUAUUUUAUUGCACUAUAUCAUUUUCCUUUAUCUAAUUAAAAGCUGCCACAUCCACACUUUUUUCCAAAACCUGCCUUUAGGUAGUAAAUGUUUCAGAAAUAGUCCUCUUAGAGGUGUUUUGAUUUGAAUGAAAAUGUUUUCAUAAUUCUGUUUAAUAAAUAAAGACAUUGUAAAUUCCAGGGA